AAUAAAUCUCUACGCUUCUCUCUCCGCAAUUACUCCUUAAGAGCAUCUCUCUCUAGAAUAUCAAGUAUUGCUGACUUGAGCGUUGAAGUGUUUUUCCCGAGGAAACAUCCUUGGGAUUUACAGGUGUAGAAGCAGUUGAGGACUUCAACAAUGUUGGAUUACGAAGCUGCCCAAACAGCUACAAAGGUUGGGAGUGAGAACCCAAAUUCUAAGAUUUCUUCGAGAUUGAAGAAGCAAUCACCGGAUUCUUCAAAACAACGCAGUUCUACAAAAAAACCUAUCACAGGAUCAAAAAUUAGCAUUUGGCCUGUGGAGUGCAAGAAGAAGUUACUGUUGGAGAUUUUCGGUGAAAAGAAAGGAAGGGACUUGGAGGAGAAAGGAGAAGCACCGGUGGAGUUCACUCUUAAGCUUCAUUUCCUUUCAUUUGCUGCCACUUGUGCAGCUUCAUGUGGCUGUACUUACUGCUACUUUGUAGCCUCAUUUGCAUUUUAUUACAACCUCAUUUCAUCAACAUUUGCAGCAUAGCUUACUGCACUUUGUUGCUACUGUUUUUUGGUGCAGCUCUCACUUCAUUUCAUUUUGUUACCACAUGUGCAGCUUUCUUUCCAUUUGCUCCCUCUUGUGCAGCUUUGACACCAUAGCUCCAACAGUUACAAGUUCUGUGGCUGAGAAUAGUAUUGGUUAAAUACUCAUUCGAUCCACAACAAAUAAUCUUACGACAA